CUCGCUAUCUAGCAUGGAGUGGUGACUAGCAGACCAGUCGUGCAGUGGGUAGGAGCUGCGGCCAGAGGGACUGCACCGCUGCUGAGGGGCUUGUCAGGGACACCAGCGUCAGGAGAGGUGAAGCCGGCGGAGAAUCCCGGGACUCGACAGAACAGGCUGACGGUGGACGGAGACGACCACCAUGGCGGGGUUCGCGGAUCUUAGCCCGGAGAGUCCCGUGUUCCGGGUGUACCUGUUCUGGUCGGCGCUGCUCGUCGUCAAGAUGAUGAUGAUGGCCUUCCUCACCGGACGACAGCGCAUGCGCAAGAACGUUUUUGCCAACGCGGAGGAUGCCAAGAAGCGGGACGGCAAGGUGAUCUUCGACGACCCGGACGUGGAGCGCGUGCGCCGCGCCCACCUCAACGACCUGGAGAACAUCCUGCCGUUCCUGAUCCUGUGCCCGAUCUACCUGGCCACCGGGCCGGCCGUCUGGGUGGCCACCAACGUCAUCCGCACGUGCCUCGCCCGGAUCGCCCAUACCGUGCUCUACCUGAAUGAGGUGCCUGGUGUCCGAGGGCUGGCGUUCAUAGUCGGGGUGGCUGCUACCCUGUUCAUGGCGGGCAGCACCAUCAUGUACGCCUGCUGAGGCCUUAGGCGGCGUCACCUGCGCCCCUCCCCUCUCCCGUCACCAGCGGCCGCACAGGUCGUGACCUCUGCCCUGAUCGCGGUUCAUUCGAUCUCUGCGCGACUGGGUAGAUCCUUCGACGAGGGUGUCCUGUGUACUGCAGGACGGCAUGGGCAGCAGUGCGACCGCAGAAAUGUAUGACAGGUGUUUCCCGCGGGGUUGCUGUUCUUCAGCCUGUGAACGACGUGGAUGUGGUGGUACUCUGUACUAAAGAGUGACUUUAGUUUCGGCAUGCAUGAGGUCCGCGUUAAGUGGACUUGACUCGUUGCCCCCUGAGAGCGGCCGACUUGAGCACCCCGCAUGUAAUACAUGUUCUGGGUUAGCUGGUUUUCUUUAACAGGUGUUACCGCUGCUGAUGAAAAUGGAAGUUUGUUUUAUACGAAACACGGCAUGCCGGGCAUCCAAGCACCGUAAACUAGCGUACACCUCAUUCUCUCUCGUAGGGGCACAAUUCUAAAUUAUCUGUGUUGAUGCAGAUUAACCGCAGUGACUGCUGCUGCCGUCCGUUGGUUAUAUCUGCUACAGCUUAUG